GCCUGAAGGGGGCGGAGCCUGCGGGGCGCGGGGCGGGGGGCGGAACAUGUCUCCGGCCGCAGGAAGAUGAGGCAGCGGCGGCGGCCGCGGGCGUAGCGGGCCGGACCGAGCCGACCCAACGCGGCGGGCCGUCGGGCAGCGCGGGGCACCGCGCACGCCGCUCCGCCAGCCCCCGGCUCCUUCUCGUGCCCCGCGGCGCAGCGGACCCCACGGGAGGGGGCCCCGAGCCACGCGCGCCGCCACCCACGCGCGCGCCCCUCGGGGGGGCCCCCGGCCCGCGCCCCUUUGUCCGGGGGGGCCCGGUUCAUGCCGCCGCCCCCCGCGAACUGCGGGCCCGGCCGCGCCGAGCAGGUCCAGCUGUAGCCCAGCGGGCCCCCCAGCCCCCGCCCCCAGAGGAUGAACCAGCCGCAGAGGAUGGCGCCGGUGGGCACCGACAAGGAACUCAGCGACCUGCUGGACUUCAGCAUGAUGUUCCCGCUGCCCGUGCCCAAUGGGAAGGGCCGGCCUGCUCCCCUGCCCACUGCCCAGUUCGGAGGGUCAGCUCUGGAGGACCGGCCCAGCUCGGGCUCCUGGGCCACCGGAGACCAGAAUAGCUCCUCGUUCGACAGCAGCCGGACCUACGGAGCGGGCGCCCACUUCAGCGAGACCCCCAGCAGCCUCCCUUCAUCCACAUUCCUGGGCCCUGGGCUCAGCGGCAAGGGUGGCGAGCGGGGCGUGGCGUACCCCGCCUUCGGGAGAGACGCGGGCGUCGGCGGUCUGACCCAGGCCGGAUUCCUGCCCGGUGAGCUGGCCCUUAGCAGCCCCAGCCCCCUGUCCCCGUCGGCCACCAAGGGAGGCUCCCCCUAUUACCCGUCCUACCCCCGGCGGAGAGCCGCGGACGGCGGUCUGGAUGCUCAGCCCAAGAAGGUCCGGAAGGUGCCUCCCGGCCUGCCAUCCUCAGUGUACCCGCCCGGCUCAGGUGAUGACUUCGGCAGGGACCCCGCCUACCCCUCGGCCAAGACCCCCAGCAGCGCCUACCCCGCCCCCUUCUACAUGCCAGAUGGCAGCCUGCACCCCUCAGCGGAACUCUGGAACCCCCCAGGCCAGGCGGGCUUCGGGCCCAUGCUGGGCGGGGGGUCGUCACCCCUGCCCCUGUCCGCGGGUGGCGGCAGCAGCUCCGUGGCCGGAGGCGGCAGCGGUGGUGGCGGCAGCUUCGGGGGUCUGCACCAGCACGAGCGCAUGGGCUACCCACUGCACGGCGCCGAGGUGAACGGGACUCUCCCGGCCGUGUCGUCCUUCUCCUCCGGGCCCCCCGCCUACGGCAGCGUCUCGGGCCACACGCCCCCCGUGAGCGUCAGCGGGGCCGACGGCCUCCUGGGCUCCCGAGGGACCACGGCCGGCAGCUCCGGAGACGCCCUGGGGAAGGCGCUGGCCUCGAUCUACUCUCCGGAUCACUCAAGCAAUAACUUCUCCUCCAGCCCCUCCACGCCUGUGGGCUCCCCGCCACAGGGCUUGGCAGGGACAUCACAGUGGCCCCGCGCGGGAGCCACCGGUGCCUUAUCGCCCAACUAUGACGGGGGUCUGCACGGCCUGAGCAAGCUGGAGGACCACCUGGAUGAGGCCAUCCAUGUGCUGCGCAGCCACGCCGUGGGCUCAGCUGGUGACCUGCACGGGCUGCUGCCUGGGCACGCGCCGCUGGCCUCUGGCUUCCCAGGCCCAGUCCUGCCUCUGUCUGGGCGGCACACGGGGCUGGUGGCAGGUGGUCAUGCGGAGGACAGCCUCUCCGGCACUGCCAGCCUCGCGCACAACCCUGUCGCCCUGCCCAGCCAACCCAGCGCCCUGCCUGACCUCACCCGGCCCCCUGACUCCUACGGCAGUCUGGGGCGUGCGGCCGGCGGCGCGGCGGCGGGCGAGAUCAAGCGGGAGGAGAAGGAGGACGAGGAGAACGGGCUGGCGGCCGAGCCGUCGGAGGAGGAGAAGAAGGACCUGAAGGCGCUGCGGCCCCGGACCAGCCCAGCCGAGGACGAGGACGACCUUGUCCCCGCAGAGCACAAGGCUGAACGGGAGAAGGAGCGCCGGGUGGCCAAUAACGCCCGGGAGCGGCUGCGCGUGCGCGACAUCAAUGAGGCUUUUAAGGAGCUGGGGCGCAUGUGCCAGCUGCACCUCAACAGUGAGAAGCCCCAGACCAAACUGCUCAUCCUGCACCAGGCCGUGUCGGUCAUCCUCAACCUGGAGCAGCAGGUGCGAGAGCGGAACCUGAACCCCAAAGCCGCCUGCCUGAAGCGUCGGGAAGAGGAGAAAGUGUCCAGCGUGGUCGGAGACCCCCAGAUGGUGCUUUCGGCCGCGCACCCGGGCCUGGGGGAGGCCCACAACCCCGCCGGGCACAUGUGAAGGGCGCCCCAGCGGGACCAGCCACCCCGACCUCGGCCCCGCAGCCCAGGCUCAGGGCCUCCCCGCGGGCGGGCGGGCGGGCGGACCGACAGACGGACAGAGAGACGCGACCAGCUCCACCUGGCGCCGGCCCGGAGGGGGCCUCCCGGGCACCCCACCC